CGCACAGGCCAGACAUAAACAUUGAAGUGUUAACUAGUUCUUAGGGAAGUAAGGUACUGCAUUCAGCUAAGCCACUACAGUGUAUGAAUACUCAAAUUAAACAUAAAUCAUAUCAAACAGUAAUUUAUUAUACAGUAAUAUAUUGUUACGGUGUAUAACAAACAGGUAAUUAAAAUACGUCUACAGUGUACCUACACCCACGAGUAUUUAGCUACUACCCAAUACAGCACGUGUAUGCAUGCAGCUGAAUUGAAUCUACAAUAUAAUGAGUGAAUUUAGCCUGCGACGACAAGCUAGGCUUCGUCGAGAAUAUCUUUACCGCAAAAGCAUAGAGGAUCGUCAUGCAACCAUGCAGCAAAGGAAGGAAAAGAUCAAAGAAUCUCUUCGAGAGGGCAAAGAAAUUCCCACUACCCUGCAGUCUAAAGCUCUGAAACUGAUGGCUGAUGGUGACUGGGAUGACCCUGGGCCCCAGCUGGCAGUAGAACUGGGUGGAGAAGCAGCUGGUGGCUCAACGAAUGUCGAUGAUGAGUACAGGUGGGCAGGAAUAGACGACCCCAAGGUUGUCGUAACCACAUCAAGAGACCCGUCGUCAAAACUCAAACAGUUUGCAAAGGAGAUAAAAAUUUUGUUUCCCAACUCUCAACGUAUAAAUCGAGGUAACUACGAGAGCAAGCAACUUAUAGACGCUUGCCGGGCAAAUGAGGUCACAGACUUUGUUGUUCUCCAUGAAACCAGGGGCAAUCCAGAUGGAUUGGUGAUAAGUCAUCUUCCCAAUGGCCCAACAGCUUAUUUCACCCUGGCAGACGUUGUGAUGCGUCAUGAUAUUCCUAACAUUGGCACCAUGUCGGAGCAGUACCCACACCUCAUCUUCCAUAACUUCAAGUCAAAAUUGGGAACCCGGACUUUAAAUAUUCUCAAGUACCUGUUCCCAGUUCCAAAAGAUGACAGUCAGAGAAUAGUUUCAUUCACCAACUGGGAUGACUGGAUCCUCUUCAGACAACACACUUUCAAGAAGGUUGAUGGAGGGAAGGACUAUGACCUUAAAGAGAUUGGCCCGCGCUUCAGCAUGAAAUUGUUUCGUAUUAUUAUGGGAACCAUAGAGCAGGCUCGAGCAGCGGAUACCGAAUUUGUCCUUCGUCCUUACAUGAACACAGCCAGAAAACGGAGGCUGCUAUCAGAUGAUGAUCCUUGGUAGUAGAUUGAUGAAAAUAAGUGUACAGUAUGACCAAACUGUCACACUCAGGGGAAAACCUGCAUGCAGCCUCCCACAAGUUAUGUUUUCACACCAGCAACUACAAAAGUAUAGUACAGUAGUCUUGGUGUUCCUACACUUCUGUCUUGUAAUCAGUUGGUCAUUGGUGAGUAAGGUUUGGGAGGAAUGCACAACCCAUGAUUUAGAGGAGCAUAGUGAUUGGCUACCCUUUUUUCUCUCCUUUAUUCUAUGUACACAAAAUAAAUGAUUGUAAUGUC